UGACUUGUCUUCAAUGGGUUGGAAAGAAAGUGGGGACGAAGUUUGAAAUGCUUGGGAUGAAGGCUUCCCAAGAGAAACGAAGCUCCUCUGGAGCUUCAGAGCAGGAUAAGAAACGAGCCAAGCAUCCGGGGGAUGCGAUGGCUGCGUCUAGUCAAGAGCCAUCGAAUUUUGAGGCGGAACUGGCAGCCCUUGAGAAUAUCGAGCAAGAAAUGGACGAAGCAAUGGCCAUUGAAGCCAGUACUAGCAGUAGCGGCAGCAGGGAAGAACAAUCUCAGGGCCAGUCCACGUUUUCCCAGUCCACUGCAACAUCACAGCGUGAACGUUGGUGCCGUCCUGCAGCACCGGCUCUGGAAUCUGGAAAGGAUACCUUGACAUUCUUGCAAUUGGAGCUGGAUCAUUAUAUCGCCCCAAAGAGCGUUCCCAGUAUGCCUGGUGCUCUGAAUGGACCUGUGCCCGUCGUACGCAUGUUUGGUGUCACCAUGGAUGGUCACAGUGUCUGUGCUCACGUGCAUGGCUUUGCACCGUACUUCUACGUUCCCGCUCCGCCGGCUGGGAUGAAAGACGGCGAUGCGGAGGCGUUCCGCAGUGUGCUGAACUCUGCCGUCAUUUCCGACAUGCGCUCCAACAAGGACCAAGUCUCCACUGCCGUGCUGGCUGUGGACAUUGUGAGCCGUGAAAACAUCUAUGGCUACCACGGCAAUCGCAAAAUCCCGUUUUUGCGCAUAACCAUGGCAUUACCCAAGCUUAUUGCUCCAGCCAAGCGCCUUCUUGAAACUGGUGCAAUAUCAACGUCGGCCCAUUCAGCCCAGGCGUACCAGACGUUUGAAAGCAACAUUGAUUUUGAGGUUCGUUUCAUGGUUGAUACCAAGACCGCUGGUUGCUGUUGGGUUGAAGCACCAGCUGGCAAGUACAGGCUGCGUGACAAUAAAGGGGAUUUCCCAGCGUUGUCGACCAGCCAAUACGAGAUUGAUUUGUCGUACGAGGAUCUCAUCUGUCAUCCACCGGAAGGCGAGUGGCAGAAGAUUCCACCGCUGCGCAUUCUCAGCUUUGACAUCGAGUGCGCUGGACGCAAGGGAGUGUUUCCCGAGGCAGAGCAUGACCCGGUUAUUCAGAUUGCCAACAUGGUGUCCCGGCAGGGUGAGCGAGAUCCCUUCAUUCGCAACGUCUUCACGCUCAAGUCCUGUGCACCGAUUGUUGGCUCUGAGGUUGUCAGCUUCGAAACCGAACGAGAACUCUUGGGCACCUGGUCCGAGUUCAUCCGCGAAGUCGACCCAGAUGUGAUCACCGGUUACAAUAUCAUCAACUUUGAUUUUCCGUACCUGAUAAACCGAGCAGCUGCGCUCAAGGUCCAGAAGUUCACCUUAUUAGGUCGCAUGAAGACCGACCGUAGCACCAUCCGGGACAGCACCUUCCAGUCGAAGGCGUAUGGCAAGCGUGAGAAUAAGGUGAUUGAGAUUCAUGGACGCAUUCAGCUGGAUCUGCUGCAGGUACUGCUGCGUGAUCACAAGCUGCGUUCGUACACACUGAAUGCUGUCAGCUACCACUUUCUGGGCGAGCAGAAAGAAGACGUGCAGCAUUCCAUCAUCAGCGAUCUGCAGAACGGAAACGAGCAGACUCGCCGCCGACUUGCCGUCUACUGCAUGAAAGACGCCAUCCUGCCGCUGCGGCUGCUCAACAAGCUGAUGUGCGUCGUCAACUACAUGGAAAUGGCGCGCGUCACCGGUGUGCCGCUCGGCUACCUGUUCACCCGUGGCCAGCAGAUCAAAGUAGUUUCGCAGCUGCUGCGCAAGGCACGCGAGCAGGACCUUGUCUUGCCGGCGUACAAGUCCGAGCCCGGUGAGGAGUACGAAGGUGCUACGGUCAUCGAGCCACGCCAAGGCUAUUACGCCAUGCCCAUCGCCACGUUGGAUUUUGCCUCGCUGUACCCGUCCAUCAUGCGCGCCUACAACCUCUGCUACACCUCGCUGCUCAACGAUGAAAGCAAGAAGAAGCUCAACCCCGAAGACUACAUCAUCACGCCUUCCGGAGACACGUUUGCAAAGUCACACAUCCGCGAAGGCCUAUUGCCGGAGAUUCUGGAGAACCUGCUGACGGCCAGAAAGAAAGCCAAGGCGGACCUGAAGAAGGAGACGGAUCCGUUCCGCCGGAGUGUGCUUGACGGUCGACAGCUUGCUCUGAAGAUCAGCGCGAACUCUGUGUAUGGCUUCACGGGUGCAAGCAUUGGCAAGUUGCCCUGCCUGGCUAUUUCUCGCAGUACCACGGCUUUCGGGCGGCAGAUGAUUGAGAAGACUCGGCAGAUUGUUGAGAAGAAGUACUGCCAGGAGAAUGGCUAUGAGCACACGGCCGAGGUCAUUUACGGUGACACUGACUCGGUCAUGGUGAAGUUUGGUUGUGACAAUGUAGCGGCUGCCAUGUCGCUGGGGCAGGAGGCGGCAGCUCACAUCAGUGAGCAGUUUCCCCAGCCCAUUCGUCUCGAGUUUGAGAAGGUAUACCAUCCCUACCUACUGAUCAAUAAGAAACGCUAUGCAGGCCUGUACUUCACCCGCGCCGACAAGUACGACAAGAUGGACUGCAAGGGCAUUGAGACCGUGCGCCGCGACAACUGCCCGCUUGUGGCCAAUCUGAUCGGCUCGUGUCUGAAGAAGUGUCUGAUUGAACGCGACCCGAACGGCGCCGUCGCCUUCGCCAAGCAGACCAUUUCCGACUUGCUGUGCAAUCGUAUCGACAUCUCCCAGCUCGUCAUCUCCAAGGAGCUGACCAAGUCGGACACCGAGUCCGGCAACAAGCAAGCACAUCGCGAGCUGGCCAACAAGAUGCGCAAGCGUGACGCGGGCUCCGCGCCAGCUCUCGGUGACCGUGUCCCGUACGUGAUCAUUGCCGCAGCCAAGGGCACGCCGGCAUAUCUCAAGUCGGAGGAUCCGAUCUACGUUCUGGAAAACAACAUCGCCAUCGACACGCAGUACUACUUGGAAAAUCAACUCUCCAACCCGCUGCUGCGAAUCUUCGAGCCCAUUCUGGGAGAUAAGCGUGCAAAGGCGGAGCUCCUCGAAGGCAGCCACACUCUAUGCCGUACCAAGGUCACCUCGGCCGUGGGUGGUCUGGCUGGCUUUGCCAAGAAACGCAACACAUGCAUCGGCUGUAAAGCAGUCCUGGACCGCGACCAUGCCAACGACGCGCUGUGCCAGCACUGCCGCGCCAACGACUCCAGCAUCUACCAGCGCGAGAUGCAGCAUCUCAGCGCGCUCGAGGAGAAGUUCCAUCGCCUGUGGACGGAAUGUCAGCGCUGUCAGGGCAGCCUGCACGAAGACGUCCUGUGCACCAGCCGCGACUGUCCUAUCUUCUACAUGCGCAGGAAGGCACAGAAGGAACUGGCUGACCAAGACAAAAUCAUCAAUCGCUUCUGAGUGGGGUUUUUUCCUUGGAUUGAAAUGGACUCACCCAGCUCCAGUUUUGUUGUCUGAAUUUGUCCAUUUAUUGCACUGUACAUAGUUGUUUUAGAAUGCUAUAGCAGGUCAUAUGGAUCCAGUGCUGGAACAUUGGGUGAAUGCAUACUUCCGAGUAACUCGUACGCUUUGUGGAUUUUGUACUUUUACGUUUCUGGUAUGAAGUAACCGUUGGUCAAAUAUGACUGUGUACAGCGUUAGCUUGCAGUCUGGACUAAUACCGCUCUGUGAUUGCACAUGAUAGCUGACAUUGCACAUAUCCUCUUUCGCUCUUUACUCUUAUUUUUAACUUUUUAGAUCUCUGGUGUUUAAAAAAAAAAACUUACUGUACACUGUACAUGAUUGGACUCACAAGUAGCCUUUGUGAUUUCAGCAUGACGCAUAUCUUA